CUGGUCGUUAUUCCAUUUCGUUGGGAAUUUUCUUUCCUUCUUCUUCUUCAACCUCGUCUAUGUGUGGACGAUCAGUCCAUUUCAUAACCCUAAAAAGGAAAACUAAAAAUCAAAAAUUCAAAAAAAUGAAUCUCGAUUUAUCAAGAAACUCUUGUUGAUGAAAUAUACUGAUCUAAUAAUAAGAUCACACCAGAUUCAGAAGAAGAAGAUUUUUUUUUUCGAAUAAAAGUAAAAUAAAAUGGCGAGGAGUAGUAGAUCUUCAUUAUCAUCAACUAAUCGAUGGAGAUAUUUAUCACCAUCUUAUUAUCUAAAGAGACCAAAAAGAUUAGCUUUUCUUUUUAUUGCUUUUGUUAGUCUUAGUUUCUUUGUCUGGGAUCGGCAAACCCUAAAUAGAGAACAUCAGGUAGAGAUUAAUAGGUUAUGUGAAGAGUUAAUUCGGUUGAAAGAUCAGGUGCACGAAUUGAAGACACGGUAUGGUGAAGCCACUGAGGACAUAGAUAUUGACCAGAAACCCAUCGAUGUUCCUAAGAAGGUUGUUAUUCCAGAUGAUCCCCUUGAUAAGCAGCGGAGAGAGAAAGUUAAAGACGCUAUGCUUCAUGCUUGGACUUCUUAUGAGAAGUACGCUUGGGGUCAAGAUGAACUUCAGCCACAGACAAAGAAUGGUGUGAAUAGCUUUGGUGGUCUUGGAGCAACUAUAGUGGAUUCUCUUGAUACGUUAUAUAUAAUGGGCCUAGACGAACAAUUUCAGAGGGCAAGAGAGUGGGUUGCAACCUCAUUGGACUUUGACAAGAAUUACGAAGCUAGUGUUUUCGAGACAACCAUAAGAGUUGUAGGUGGACUUCUUAGUGCAUUUGAUCUCUCCGGGGACAAGGUUUUCCUAGAAAAGGCUAUAGACAUAGCAGAUAGGUUGUUACCUGCAUGGGAUACACCUUCAGGAAUCCCCUAUAACAGAAUUAACUUGCAACAUGGGGAUGCCCAUAAUCCUGGGUGGACAGGGGGUGAGAGUAUUCUGGCGGAUUCAGGCACUGAGCAGCUGGAGUUCAUUGCUUUAUCUCAGAGGACUGGAGACCCCAAGUACCAGCAAAAGGUGGAGAAUGUUAUUACACAGUUGCAGAAAACCUUCCCCGCUGAUGGUUUGCUUCCAAUCUACAUUAACCCCCACACAGGAACAACUGCAUACUCAACUAUAACAUUUGGUGCCAUGGGUGAUAGUUUCUAUGAAUACCUACUCAAAGCAUGGAUCCAGGGGAAUAAAACUCAGUCUGUAAAGCACUAUAGGGAUAUGUGGGAAACAUCUAUGAAAGGUCUUGAGAGUUUGAUCCGUAAAACAACACCAUCAUCCUUUACUUACAUCUGUGAGAAAACUGGAGAGUCAUUAUCUGACAAGAUGGAUGAAUUAGCAUGUUUUGCUCCAGGGAUGCUUGCCUUGGGAUCAUCUGGUUUUUUCCCGGGGGACAAUGAGAAAUAUCUACAACUUGCAGAAGAGCUUGCUUGGACUUGCUAUAACUUCUAUCAGUCGACGCCAACAAAAUUGGCGGGAGAGAACUAUUUCUUCCAUCCUGGACAGGAUAUGAGUGUAGGUACAUCAUGGAACAUAUUGAGGCCAGAGACGGUUGAAUCACUCUUUUACCUCUGGCGUCUCACUGGUAACAAGACGUACCAAGAAUGGGGUUGGAACAUUUUCCAAGCAUUUGAAAAGAACUCCCGCAUAGAGUCUGGAUAUGUUGGAUUGAAGGAUGUGAACUCUGGUGUAAAAGACAAUAUGAUGCAAAGCUUCUUCCUUGCCGAAACACUGAAGUAUCUCUACCUUCUAUUCUCACCAUCCUCAGUCAUUCCUUUCGAUGAGUGGGUAUUCAACACAGAAGCCCACCCUCUAAGAAUUGUAACUCGCCAUGACAAACCAGAGGAAUCUGGAGGAUCAAAGACACAACAAAAGCCGCCUCAGAGAUUUCGUGCGAGGAAGGAAGGUCGAUCAACAGAUAAAUAGAGGUUUCAACCUUUAACUGAAAAUUUUGUCUCUCAAAAUUUUUACCAUCCAAUUUUUUUCCAGUUUCUCACCUAAUCUUCGGGAUCUGGACCAGCUUAGAAGCCAAAGUUCAGAACAACAAGAUUAGGUUCCUGGACUUGAUUUAGAUAGCCUUGUUCUAUAUUCAUCUUCCAUACAUGGGAAUAAUAUAUAUACCUCUGACAUGCAUUCCCACCAAGGAAUGCAAUAGAGAGUGAUUGUAUUAGGUCAUCGACAGAGUGACUUUGAGCUGUAGAUUCGUUGUAGCUCCCAACUCUGUUUGGGUUGUAUUAUAGAAUGUAGAAAUAUUAAUUUUUGAGUUAUCUUUCUCCCUGAACCGGGGAUUCCCUUCAUCCUUUGAUGAAUCUGGCUGGAAACUAAGAAAGUUCUCUUUCUUUCCGUCUUUUAUUGUAAUAUCUAUACAAGUUUUGAAGAGAUUAGAGUUAGUAAAAGAACAGUUGAAUA